AUGAUGGAGACGGACUUACAUUCCCCCGUGGUCCCCCAGACCAACCCAUCCAACCCGGGGGGACACGCGGGAGGAGGAGGAGGAGGAGGAGGAGGAGGUGGAGGGGGAGGCGGGGGCCCCGGCGGCAAAGUCCCCCAGGACAGAAUCAAGAGACCCAUGAACGCCUUCAUGGUCUGGUCCCGGGGCCAGCGGAGGAAAAUGGCACAGGAGAACCCCAAGAUGCACAACUCCGAGAUCAGCAAGCGGCUGGGCGCGGAGUGGAAGGUGAUGACCGAGGCGGAGAAGAGACCGUUCAUCGACGAGGCGAAGCGGCUCCGGGCCAUGCACAUGAAGGAACACCCGGACUACAAGUACCGGCCGCGGAGGAAGACCAAGACGCUGCUGAAGAAGGACAAAUACUCUCUGGCCGGUGGGCUCCUCGGCUCCACGGGUGUAGGGAUGGGGGGCGGCCAGCGACUUGAGAGUCCCGGAGGGGGCCACGCGGGGGCAAAUGCGGGCUACGCCACGCACGUGAACGGCUGGGCGAACGGCACAUACUCGGGCCAGGUGGCGGCCGCGGCGGCGGCGGCGCACGCGAUGAUGCAGGAGGCGCAGCUGGCGUACACGCAACACCCGGGCACCGGAACUCACCCGCACCACCCUCACCCGCAUCACCACCCGCACCACCACCCGCACAACCCGCAGCCCGUGCACAGGUACGACAUGAGUGCCUUAUCGUACAGCCCCAUCUCGAACUCUCAGAGCUACAUGAGCGCCUCUCCACCGGGCUACGGCGGGAUCACGGGCUACACACACCAGCACCAAAGCUCCGGCGUGUCCCCGGUGUCCGGGGCGAUCGGGGGGACUUUGGGGUCCCUCGUGAAAUCUGAGCCCAGCGUGAGCCCCCCGGUUUCCAGCGCGCGCGCACCGCCGUGCCCCACGGGGGACCUGCGGGACAUGAUCAGCAUGUAUCUGCCGACCGGAGAGGCGGCGGGGGACUCCAGCGUUCACAGAGGACUGCACGUGCUCCACCCGCAGCACUACCAGAGCAGCGGCUCCACUCCGGUAAACGGAACGGUCCCUCUGACUCAUAUUUAA